CCCGCCUUCAAAAGUGCCGGCGGACCAAUCGGCGCCGGGCGUCGCUCGUCCGCUGCUUCCGACGGCACGGCAAGCGCCACGACGACGACGACGGCGGUGGCGGUGGCGGCAGCGACGACGACGCCGACGUCAUCCGCGGGUAACGGCGACUUGCCCGAGAGAUCCCGGAUCGGGACGCCGCAGACGUCAUACACCAAUCCGACAUCGACGAACGAUCGUUUCACCUAUGCAUCUAUCUCAAAGUGUAUAAUGUCGAUCGCGCUCCCGUGUCAGCGUGCACUUCCGCUCGAUCUUCUUCGUGAUAUCAAAGCACCUUUUCUCACUCCGCGUGUAGCGUAAUCGUGUCGGUUUUCAUCGCGCCUUUUGACUUUAGUCUUCUUUUUGGAAUCGUUCAAGUGCGUCGCGUUCGCUGAUAUCGAUAGUGAUUGUUGAAUUUGAGUUGAGUAGCCGUAGAUUAAAUCGGGUCGGGUGGUCGAAGAACUUGCUAAAUUAAAGAAGAUAGAAAAUUCAGUGAUCGGAAGAAGUGAUCUACCUUUUACAAUACGGAUACACUGGAAUCUUGAAUUAACGUAUUUGACCGAAUAACAAAUGAUCGAGGAGGCACAAUGAAUGGAGCAGCGACCGUAACGGCCACCGAAGAUCAUCAGCAUCAGCAUCAGCAAGCGCAAAAUGAAACGACUUCGGAGCAUCCACGGAGCCCCGCCAGUCCAUUGAGCGUUAGACACGACUCCGGUGAAAGCAGUGUCAUUUCCCCGGGUCUACCAGAGCGUUACAGUCCGCUGGGAGCAACAGGAUCGACGUCCAGCCACGAUCCUUAUGCCUCUCGGUCGGUCCAAGAAUGCCCGGUACCCCUUUGCAGAGGAAUGCCCACAGACUUUCCUCUGGCUCGAUCACCGUAUUUAACUGCACUUGGAAACGGUCACCCGCAUUUGCUGGGUCAAGUGCAGCAUCAGCAGCAGCAGCAGCAGCAGCAACAGCAGCAAUCGCAGCAACCACAGCAUGGCAGCAAACCGCCGCGUAGCCUCGGACUGAUAUGCGUUGUCUGUGGUGAUACUAGCUCCGGCAAGCAUUAUGGAAUACUCGCUUGCAACGGUUGUAGCGGCUUUUUUAAAAGGAGUGUUCGACGGAAGCUGAUAUAUAGAUGUCAAGCUGGUACUGGAAGAUGCGUUGUGGACAAGGCACAUCGAAAUCAGUGUCAAGCAUGUCGUCUGAAAAAAUGUAUGCAAAUGGGAAUGAAUAAAGAUGCUGUUCAGAAUGAACGUCAGCCAAGGAACACUGCCACCAUCAGACCGGAAGCACUCGUAGAGAUGGACCAAGAACGAGCGUUGCGAGAAGCUGCCGUUGCCGUAGGCGUUUUUGGACCGCCAGUGUCCUUAGCUAUGGCAAGAUAUACUACGCCACUACCUCUACCCACAGUCGCACCGACGACAAAUUCUGCAAACAACACCGCAGGAACACCACCUCGACAAGACAACGAGGACGGAAAUGCGUCCGAGGACAGCAUAGAUGUAACAAACGAGGAGCCAUUGACGCCUCAACGAAGCGGAUGCACGCAACUUCCACCUGUGCUGCCAUCGUUAUAUUCACCAGCGAGUGCCGAAACGGUUUACGAGACCAGCGCAAGGCUGCUCUUCAUGGCAGUCAAAUGGGCAAAAAAUCUCCCCUCUUUUGCUGGCCUACCAUUCAGAGAUCAGGUAAUAUUAUUGGAGGAAGUCUGGUCAGAGCUGUUCCUAUUAAAUGCUGUACAGUGGUGUCUGCCACUUGAAUCUUCGCCUCUCUUCAGCGCCGCUGAGCUGACCGCUCUAACCCUCUCGCCUCAUCAACAUCCGCACUCGGGACUGCACUUGCAAACCACUACGGGAAAGCCCAGCCAAGUAGCGGCAGAUGUCAGACAUUUACAUGACACUCUACAGAGAUACAAGGCGGUUAUGGUUGAUCCUGCCGAAUUUGCCUGUAUGAAAGCCAUUGUUCUCUUUCGCCCAGAAACCCGCGGUUUGAAGGACUCGAGCCAAAUCGAGAAUCUACAGGAUCAGGCACAACUAAUGCUCGGACAUCAUGCGCGUGCUCAACAGCCGAAUAGUCCAGCCCGUUUCGGCAGGUUGCUGUUGUUACUGCCGUUGCUGCGAACAGUCCCAGCUGCAAGAGUAGAAUUGAUCUAUUUCCACAGAACCAUUGGUAAUACGCCGAUGGAAAAAGUUCUUUGUGACAUGUACAAAAACUAAAAUCAUCUUAGAUAUACCAAAGGACUUUGAUACAAAUGCCAAUAAAACGUGAAUGAUCCACUACAUGAUCCAAAGAAUUUCAACGCUGGAACGAGAAUGAAAAUUAGAAAAGACAAAAGUAAUUGUAGCAAAAAGACAGCAAAAAGAGAGCGGCCGAGGCUUUCUUAAAUGAAAGGAUCAAAGGUAGGACGCACGAAUUUUAUUCCGACACGAUUAGGCCUAAGGACAAAGUUCUAAGUCCCUUUGUGAUGAUCGUAAGAAUUCCAAUUGGCGAAUAUCUCUAUCGUACAAAUGCGAGACAUUAAAAGAAUGGCAUCGCUAACGAAUAAAAUGGCAACUAAAAUCGACCGAGGAGCACUCCACCGUGGCGUAAAUAUACAUACAUAGACAUUUACAUGUAUUUAUUUAUUAUAGACAUAUUUAUGAAGCGUUAGGCUCUGCACGUUGAUAGCACAUUUUCUGUUUUUUGUAGAAAGUCGAAGAUAUAGUCCAGAAAACGGAGACAUUUCGUUCUUUUGUUUUAUACUUUUAUUUACAUUCGUCAUGAAGUUACUAAAUUAGAAAGGAGAGUGACUGAGCGAACAAUGGAUACUCUGUAGUUUUAUGAAUGCCAGAAAUACAUUAUAAAAGUCAAUUAUUUUUAUUUUAUUUCUAUUUUGAAUAAAAUAAUAUAUUUGCAAAUUUGCGUUGAAAAUAUUUAAAAAAUUAACGUAAUUAAAAUAUUUCUUUUUCUUUUUAUACAUGAACAAAUUUAUCCAUCGAAUAUACGAUUAACAAAUUGAAACGAUUUAUACGUUGCAAAAUCAAAAUUAAAUUACAUUUGGAAAUAACCGAAGCGGCAAUAUGAAUUCAUAAAAUUUAAUGUUGCAUCUAUUAAUGAAAGUAAUUUGAUUCAUAAAGGUGUGUGAGAUUGAUUUUUUUCUCGGCGCUGUAAAUGAACGCUCAUUCGCACUUUCUCUGUAUAUUUCGUGUUGUGAUACUAUUCGCUGUAAAACGUAUUCUCAAUCGGUGAUAUAUAUUGUAACAAGUACUUGUAAUAAAAAUAAAUCUAAUUAAA